UGGGUCACAUUUGUUGGGGCACGUCGAACUUCAGGCCGGAAUGAACUGAUCGCUCGCUACAUCAAACUUCGCACUGGAAAGACCCGAACUCGCAAGCAGGUUUCCAGUCAUAUCCAAGUGCUCGCAAGGCGGCGCUCCAAAGAAAAGCAGCACCAGCAGCACCCGCUCCAGGACCAAUGCAUGCUUCAGGACUGUCAGUCUUCUAACGAUGUCCAGUUCUUCUCUGCAUCAGCCGGCUGGUUCGAGCCCAACGAUCUCCCUUCACCCUCCUCUACCUCCACCUCGCUCACUCUAUGCUCCUUCUCGACGGUCACAACAGCUGCAAGGUGUCUUCGCGACGGCCAAACGGAGCUGGCGUCAGCCGCAUGGACAGAGCCAAAAUCCGUCAAGCGGACGUCAUCCCACUUGGCUGCCUCAAUGCCAUUCGAGAAGACCCCGGAGCCGACUGCGAUCCCGCUUCUGACACCGUCGUCCCAGCCCCACCCGCAGACUCCACAAACUCGAGUCGAUCGGUUGCCGCCCUCCGAAGGCGUGGCGCCGAUUUCGGGUCCAGUCAACCUGGCUGCUGGGCUUAUUGAUCCUGAAUGGACUCGGUUUGAGCCAGGUUCCUUGGACUCCCGACGGGACUCGGCGACCAAGCGUUUGGGUAGGCAGAAUAGCAGGCUUACUCAAACUCACUCAUCACAAAACCAAUGGUCUGAUAGGAUAGUGAUGUCGUUUGACGAUUCGGCUUGUCGGUUAAAAAAACUAUUUCUUAUCCUCUUCAUCAUCGUCGUCGGCAUUACCACUGAACACUGCCUUGUAGGCGCCAAUCAAAAACACCAUUUGAAACUCUAA